AUGGGGUUUAAUCACGAUCAAGUUAAUCAGUUUUACGAUAACUUAUUAAGUCUUCAAGAUAAAUAUAAGUUCAAGCCUAGUCGAAUUUACAAUAUGGAUGAGAGUGAAUAUCUUCACCACUUCAAAGAAAACGUACAGCCAACUAAAGAAAAUCCAGUCUUGUCGAUAUUAGAUAAUCAUAGUAGUCAUCUUUCUCUAGCUGCUAUUAACUUCUGUCGUGAUAAUGGUAUCCAUUUACUUACACUUCCACCACACAGUAGCCACAAAAUGCAACCAUUGGAUCGUGGAUUUUUUGGACCAUUGAAAACGAAAUUUGCUUACGAAUGUGAUAAAUGGUUAACUAGCAAUCCUGGACGUGUCAUUGGGCAAUCAGAGGUGGCCCAACUCCUUAAUGAGUCUUUUAAGAAAGUUGCAACAGUUUGUAAUGCUACUUCAGGUUUUAAAACUUCUGGGAUAUGGCCUAUCGAUAGGGAAAUAUUUUCCGAAGAAGAUUUCAUAGCAGCUUCUGUGACUGAUAUCUAG